UGCGCUAGUCGACGGCCGAUGUUUACCCGAUAUUUUGCGAACCCGUUUCCAUAUAGACAUACACAGCUUCUGCUUGAAUAUUUAUGUUGUGCGUCGAAAAACAUAUGAUCUUUACAGGGCAGGUUUUGAUGGAUUUUCUUGUAAUUGACCUUCAAAGAUCUUUCUGAGAUCCUUCAAAACAAUGGCUUAAUGUAACCACAAUGUCUCUACGAUGUCGGACUCAAAAACCGUCGAAAUCGAACGUAACGUCGGGGGCAGUUUUGGCUUCAGUGUUAUCGGCGGUGUAGAUACUGAACUACCUCCGAUGAUCUGUGCCCUGGUUCACAACGGAUCGGCUCAACUGAGCGGCAAGAUUCAUGUUGGGGAUGUAUUGGUUGAAGUCAAUGAUGAGUGUGUUAGCAGGCUACCUGCUAAGAAAGUUGUGGAAGCCCUCAGACGCUCACCUGAUACAUUGAAAUUAAGGUUAAGAAAAGACACAGCAGCGGCGGCACGUGCUCGUCCAUACCUGAGACGCUUCUCGGUUCAAGAUCCGAAGCUCAAGCAGUUUCAAACCCGUAACGCUGGUAAUAUUCGAAGAAGUGCAUCUCUACCAAGCCGCUCCAAACGACCCGUGAUACUCACGCGAAGCGACACCCAGUCGAGGACACCCGAGGGAACCAUGUCUAAAGCCAAAACUAGAAUCGUCGGCCAGGAGACAUCACCCACCGGUAUAGACAAAGGUACAGAUGGCGUAUUCCGACGUCGCACGAGCUUGCGCAGUGGAAGCUUCAGCAAAAUCAUGACAUCGUUUCCGGCGCACGGAGGACCGCCACGAACUGUAGAAAACGCGGAAAGAACGAACGUUCGGCAUGCCAUGCGCAAGCAAGACCUCACUCGAACCGUAUCGGAUAACAGCGCGAUCGCGCGCAAAGGACCCUUGCACAGCACAAGCCUACCGGAGAUCGGUCUAAACCGCGUUCCAAAGGGCAGCGAUCCCAGUGGCUUAGUUUGGCAGAGAUCCUCAAGUUCCGGGGACGGAUUUCGUAGACGGGGAUCAUUGUCCCCGGCCGUCGAACGAACUAUGCAAGGUGGACAAAAUGUGCGCCAGGCUACGCCAGGCAGUAAGGACUCGUCUUACGGUUCGCUGUCUCCUAGCACUAGAUCGUGUGAAAAUAACGUGACUGUUACAAUGGAGUCGAGUCCCUACCCUUUCAGGAAGACGUUGAAUAACUCGUUCGGAGCCGUUCACACGCGAAGCGAGAAUCAUAAGAGAGGCAAUAAUACGACGAAUGCUGUAGGAGGUGACGGUAUAUCCAGCGAAGAGUUGGCCAGGAGAUUGUUCGAUAUGGAUGGUUAUGAUAGGAACGAAGUCGCACCCAUGUUGUCCAAAAAUGACGACUAUACGAAAGAUCUCGCCGUUUUGUUCAUGAAACGUUUCGAUUUUCGAAACAAGGAUCUCGUCCAGUCACUACGGAUGCUUCUGGAUAAGUUUAAUCUGUCAGGUGAAACGCAGGAACGGGAGAGAAUAUUGAUACCAUUUUCGAAUCGCUAUCACGAAUGCAAUAAGCCGGAGUACGGAAGUGCAGAUGCUGUCCAUACUCUUGUUUGUGCAAUAAUGCUUCUCAACACAGAUCUGCACGGCGAGCAAACUCUCGGAAGACGAAUGAAGCAAGCAGAUUUCGUACGAAAUCUUGCUGACAUGUGCGAUGGAAAAGACUAUCCAAGCACCUUACUCCAGAACGUGUUUUCUUCAAUAAAAUCGAAUCGUCUGGAAUUUCACGCGGACGAUAUUCUGCCUAAUCACGUCAACGAGAGAGUCCAGACUAUGAACGCUAACGGCAAAGAGUCUAAGAAUGCAAAUGGAGUAGAAACGACUGGUAGUCUGGCCUUGAUGGGGAAUCAGGCAACAAGCGAUGAGGUCAUAUACAAAGAAGGCCUGCUCUAUCGAAAGUUAGUUGAAGACAUAGGUGGCAAAAAAGCGUCGGCCUGGAAGCGAAGUUGGCAGCCAUUUUUUGGCACUUUACGUGGAAUGAUCAUGUUUUUACAUAAGCCAGAUGAAUCAAAGAACUUCAACGACACUCGGUUCUCUCUCGGUGCUCAUCACGCGUUCGCCAGCCCUGCCUUUGACUACACGAAGAAAUCUUUUGUGUUCAGAUUUAUCACCGCUGACUGGAAGGUGUUGCUCUUUCAGGCCAGGAACAAGGCUGAUAUGUUAGAAUGGGUUGAAGGAUUGAAUCUUGUUGCAGCCUCGUUUUCGUCUCCGCCACUCCCAGCACCCGUAGGAUCUUGCCAGAGAUUUCAGAAACCUGUUCUUCCGUUUUCGAGGACCAGACUGACUGUGACAGAGCAGUUGGUCAGUCAUGAGGCAAAGGCUCAGGAAAUGGCGAACGUACUCAUAGAUCACUUGAACAAUCAGCCUCAAGGCGUUGAUAAGAGAAAUCAUGAAAUGAUUGGAUGGAUGGAGAAACGAGAUUUUUAUGAGUAUGAGUACAAACGUUACCGUUCCUACACAAACAUACUCAAGAGUUCAAAGUUACAAGCACAACUACGAGACCGGGGGCCAAAAUCUGCGAGUUCAGAAAUCGCCUUGAAAAGAAACGGUUUAUUAAGUGAAAACAUGAGGAGAUACAGCUCCUUGAACGACCUACUCAACGCUCCUGAAGGCGAGCAGACUAACCCUAACUACAGAGAGAGUUAUUUUAUGGCUAUAUAUAAAGGGUAGAAAUUUUUAUUGCGGAAUAAUUUAUUUUAUGGUCAGUGAAUGCUUGCAGGUUAAGUUGGCCCGUUUGUAGCGUGGCCACCAGCGUUUGUGACCUUCAUUUCGCCGCUAUUCAAAUAAAACCUUGGAUAUCUUCGGGAAGGCUUUUGUUCAGGCUCACAGGUAUUACGCAGGAUUCCAGGCUUGUACUGUUAACUAUCGAUGAAAAUCAAUGCCUGCUGCUAUAUUACAGCAUUUCACGGCGACGCGAAGAUAAGAAUUUUAUCUUCUCGUGCAAUAUUGAACUACUAAAGAUAUAAUGGAAAAUAUCAUACUGUUCAUAAUCAGCAACCUCUGUAGGUACUAACGCCUGGCUUGCGAGGUUGUAUAAUCUUAACCAACUGUGGGAUCAACUUCCUAGAUGAAUGACUAAUUCAUAACUCAGUUUUGGAAUUGAAAACCUGUAACCGAUUAUUGGUUUCAUUAUACUUAACUGUCAAACAGAUUCAGUGGCAAACUGGCAAUGCAAUUAAAUCAUUCUUUACUUUGCAUUUAUUGGUUAAAAUGUUAAUUCAUGGUUCAUUUUCGGUUAAUUCAUGAUUCCUAUAUUCUUAAAUAUUUUUGUCCUGAGUAAAGCUAUGUGAUAAGAAUUGAUAAAUCAUCGAUUGUUGAUUGCGCAAGCCUGGCAUUAGUCAGUCAGAACCCAAGCGAUGAAAAUCCAUCGUAUUUUCCAUAUUUGGAAAGAAUUUGAGAUGUGUUUUCCACACGUGAAAUAAUUACAAAACAAAAUGACAGCGCUGCAUCUCCAUGGUUGUUCUCGAUCGUAAUUUUUACCCACCGUGAAAUCAAACCGCUCUACGUUUUUUAUGCGUUCAGUUCGAAAGACAAACACGAACAUAACUAGAGUGGUAAACUUGUGUACUGACCCAUAUAGCUAUAUAUAGCAUAAUUAUUAUACUGUACACACAAAUGGCAUUCCAAUUUCAUUGAUGGUUUGCAAAACUAGAAUAAGAUAUGGUUUUAUGGUUAUCUUGCAGAGCUGUGUUAUUUAUUCUAUUGGUAGAGUUCAUAAGUUAAUGUUAUAGAGUAUUUAUUUCUAUGUUGUAAAAAGAGUUUGUAUUAGGAAUUUAGUUUAUUCAGAGUACAAAGUGCAGUCACUCACUGUGGAUGUCUAUAAAACUUUUAACCAUACAUUUGUAAUAAAUAAAGUAACAAAUAAAGUGUCUUUGAUCAAAGAUGGGGAUAAUAAAUGCAAUAAUAUGC